AGACUUUUCCCGCUCCCGCUCCGGGCUGAGCCCUUCGUGGGUGGCGCGCCUCCUCGUCUUUCCCCCACCCCCCUCCUGCGGGCGUGCACGGGGGCCCCCGAGGGCCCCCAGCCGCGGCGGCAUGGCCGAGGCGGCCGAGGGCACCCGGCAGCAGGCGAAGGCGGAUCGACCAGAGCCGCCCAAUCCGCUCCCCGCGCUCGAUGGCACCGCCCCCGGCGGCCACAAAUGCGCGGCGCGGCUGGCAGAGAUUCGGUGCCGCUUGCUGGAGGACGUGGGCGCCCUGGACUCCGUCCUCGCCUCCCUGCCUGGCGGCGGCAGCGCGCCCUCGCACCUCGUGCAGCUCGAGCGGCGCUGGCCCCCGUCCCCGCCCCCCUCUGCGAGGAGGCGGCCGAGCCCUCGGGCGGCGCGGGUCGGGGCGGCGCACGCCGCCCAGGGGGGCCUCUCGCCAGCGGCCGGCGGAGCGCACUCGUGCGACGGCGGCCCGCUGGCGACGCAGAUCUCCACGGGGGCGGAGUGCGUGAAGCCUACGGAGCAGCCGGCCCAGCCCUCCGACGAGUCCGCGGACUUGCCCCCCCAGCCGGUAGUGUCCAGGACGUCCGGGAGUAGAGUCUCCGAGUCGCGUAGCGCGGGAAGCAAGACUGUGUCGAGCCGCUUCUCCGAGAAGGUCUUCGCAGCCGCCGCCGUGGAGAGGGGGGAGAAGGACCGCUCGUCGCCCGGGAGCCCGGUGUCCGUGAAGCCCCCUGGCGUGGAUGCCAGACGCAGGUCAGGCGCGUCAGAGCCCCGCGGGAAGCGGGCCGAGGGCGUCUUCUCGGACCACAAGGAGUCCAUGGGCUCCUCGUUCGAGUUGUUCUUCGGCCUCGUCAUCGGCUCCAACGCGCUCAUGAGCGGGUUUUCCGGGGACGUCCGCUGACCUCGGAGAGCAAAACGAACGCACCAACAGAAGCUUCCAGCGGAUCCGUGCGCGGAUGUGUUGGAUCGGCGCCGGGAGUCCCUGGCGGCAGCUCCGAUCGCACCUCUGGCGGCACCCCCUUCGUGCGCCAGGAGGGCGUCCUGGCGCUGGCCCGAGGGAUCCGUGCGGGCCACCGACAAGUCCCCAAACGGUU